AUGGAAGAAGUCGCGAGGUUCAUCAAGGCAUGGAUUAUAGCCAUAAUAUGCCUAUGCUAUUGUUACUACACAACAGCCAAAAUUCCCAAAGGCAUUCUCAGGCUUCUCUCACUCCUCCCUGUCGUCUACAUCUUCAUCAUCCUCCCCUUCAAUCUCACCUCCGUCCAUCUCUGCUCAGCCACUACAUUCCCUCUAGUUUGGCUUGCCAACUUCAAGCUCCUCCUCUUCUCCUUGGACCAUGGCCCCUUAUCUCCACCCCCACCAAAACUUCUCCAGUUCAUCCUUCUAGCUUGUCUUCCCAUUCAACUCAAGACCAAAAAUAACAGCAACCCAUCUCCACAAAUAAGCUUAUUUACAAGGUCAAUUCUACUGGUAGUUAAAAUAUUGCUCAUGGCUAUCAUCCUUCAUAGCUACUAUUACAUACAUCUGAUGCACCCCUACGUCGUUUUCGCUUUAUAUUGCGCCCACACUUACCUUGAAUUAGAAUUUGUGCUAGCCAUAUUUGGAGUUCUGGCUCGUGCGCUUUUUGGGUUCGAGCUUGACCGGCAAUUCGACGAGCCUUACCUUUCUUCCUCACUUCAAGACUUUUGGAGCCGUAGGUGGAAUCUCGCGGUGACAAGUAUUUUACGCUCAACUGUAUAUUUUCCUACACGAUAUUUCUUUAAGCGUAUAAUUGGUUCAACAGGAGCCACGUUGGUAGCUGUCAUGGCAUCAUUCUUAGUAUCGGGUUUAAUGCACGAGAUCUUGAUUUGUUAUGUGACACAUGUAAGUCCUACAUGGGAGGUAACGUGUUUCUUUGUCUUGCAUGGAUUCUGCUUGGCAAUCGAGGUGGCGGUGAAGAAGGUGGUGAGGGAUAGAUGGAGGAUGCCGGUGAUUGUUUCAAUGCCAUUUACAAUGGGUUUCAUUGCUACUACGAGCUUUUGGUUAUUUUUUCCUCAGAUAUUAAAAAAUGGAAUAGAUGACAAGAUUAUAAGAGAACUCUUAAAUACUGUAGACUUCAUUAAAGGCACAAAUUAA